AUGUUCCGCUCUGGUGUACGGUUCCUGGGCCCUCUCAGAUGCAGAUUUCGGCCGCGAUUCUACUCGUCCCAAACAACCCCGGUCAAAAAAGCACAUUUGGGCUUGAAAUUCGCCGGUGGUGUCACUGCGCUUGCUACUACUUUGUAUUUCACCAACGACACCUUCCAUGACGGCACCAAGCACCUCUAUUUGACCAGCGAGCGAGUUGGAGUGGUCACUUUGGCCACGUUGAAGUGUUUCAAUAUUUAUAAGAACGUGCUUCUGGAGCAGUUUCCUUCAGAACAAGACCGACAAUUGGCACUCAGUGCUGCCCACUCCAAGGCGGCACAUAUCACAUUGAAAGCUUUGGAGAAGAAUGGAGGUAUCUACAUCAAGUUAGGUCAACACAUCUGUGCGCUCACUUACUUGCUUCCGAAAGAAUGGACCACCACAAUGCUUCCACUUCAGGACAGAUGUCCCCGGUCUUCCAUGGAGGAAAUCCAGGCCAUGUUUAAGGACGACAUGGGGGUUGAUCUCAUGGAGUAUUUUUCUGAGUUUUCAGCCGAGCCUGUUGGUGUGGCCUCCUUGGCACAGGUGCACAUUGCUACACUCCGAAACUCGGGCGAAAAGGUAGCUGUCAAGCUCCAGCAUCCAUCAUUGGCCGAAUUCGUGCCCUUGGACAUCUAUUUGACGCAGACAGUUUUCUCGUUGAUGCACAAGGUAUUUCCUGAGUAUCCUCUCACUUGGUUGGGCGAUGAGUUGCAGAAUUCCAUCUACGUGGAGUUGGACUUCACAAACGAAGCUGUCAACGCACAGAACACCGCAGAGAACUUCAAGAACAUGUUGAACGAAACUGCCUUACGUAUUCCCCAGAUUGUGUCCGCCGAAAAGCGUAUCAUCAUCAUGGAGUACGUGGCUGGUGCUCGUUUAGAUGACCUAGACUACAUGAGAAAGAACAAAAUUAAUCCUGGUCAGGUUUCUUCAUGUCUCUCACAUAUAUUCAACAACAUGAUCUUCACGCCACACGUGGGACUUCACUGUGAUCCCCAUGGAGGUAACUUGGCCAUCCGGGCGGUGGACAAGGCAACUAGCAAUAACGGACAUAACUUUGAGAUUGUGCUUUACGACCACGGGUUGUAUCGUUACAUUCCGUUGCAGAUGAAGAGAGAUUACUCGCAUUUCUGGUUGGCCAUCUUGGACAACGACGUGCCCAAAAUGAAGGAGUAUGCCCAAAAGUUUGCUGGUAUCGAGGGGGAUCGUAAGUUUAGAAUUUUCGCUGCAGCCAUUACCGGACGUGACCCCGAGAUUGCAAUGAAUAUGAACAUUAAGAAAGUUAGAGACGAUGCAGAAAUGGUCAACAUACAGAGCCAGCUCCACUCAGAAGAUGGAGUUCUCGAGGAUUUGAUGGACAUUUUGAGUAGCAUGCCACGUAUGGUGUUGUUGAUCUUGAAAACCAACGACUUGACGCGAAAUUUGGACGAGACCUUGGAGAACCCAUUGGGACCUGAGAGAACCUUUUUGAUUUUGGCCAACUACUGUGCGCGGGCCGUGUACGAUGAAUCUUUGGAGACCAACUCGAAGUUAUAUCGGAGAUACUCGUUCCAGUGGUUCAGUCACAACCUCACCAGCUGGUUGUCGUACCAGAAGAGAAGAAGCUCACUCUUCUUCUACGAUGUCUACAUGUUCUUUCUGCGGCGCCAGACCCAGAUCCUGUAA